GUGGGAUUUGAACCCACGCCCUUUCGGACCAGAACCUUAAUCUGGCGCCUUAGACCAACUCGGCCAUCUCAACUUCGAUAUUCAUCCCAACGGCCUUAACUUUUUAUUUAAUUUUGUAAGUUUAGGAAUUUAGUUCAAAGUAUUUCCAGCCAACAAUCCCCCACUCCCUCCAAAUUUUCAAUCGAAGAAACUCCCAUCAUAGAAGAUUUAUUCUUUUACUUCCGGUGACGGUGCCGGCGAACAGGCUCAAGUCGUUGAAAUUGGGGAAGGAUAGAGUUUAGUCCAAUGGAUUCGCCCAAGCACUUAGUCUCCAAUUCGUGGACUUGGUUAUUGAAGCUUGGACGAUAGGUUUCUCUGUUCUUCUGCUUAAAAAAUAGUCGCUAUUAUGCUUUUAUGUAUGAAGUAGAUGGCUGCAAUUUACUAGCUUCUCUUCGUCUACAAGUUUUAAAUCAUAUAUUUGAUGAAAUAAUGGUGUGAAGGAAGAGAGAGUUAUUGGAGUUUUUUUGAAUGAGCAAAAUAAAUUUCUGUAAAUGCCCAUGAGUUGCCAAGUUUAUACCAAGUAUGAGAUGCCUUUUUUUUGUCAAUAUGAAUUGGGCUUACCUUCCAACUACCAGUACGAGAAGUUGCAAAUUCUUUAGUUCUAUUUCGCCAAAUGUUCAACCAAUGCUCCCUUCUUUCUCUUCUCAAAAUGUGAAAGUGAAAGGAAGGGCACUUGCCAAUCUGUUGCUUGCACCUGUUUCAAACAAAUCAAUUUUGUACUACAGGAAGGUUCAUUGUCAAGUUGUCUUGUGGGGAUUACAAUAUGAUGUGUUUUUAUCAAACCUUCUCCUGCAUUCGUAUUUCAAAAUUGGGAGUGUUUUUGAUGCAGGAACAUUGUUUGAUAAAAUGCCUAAUAGAAACCUAGUAUCUUGGUCUUCCGUGGUUUCUAUGUAUACCCAAUUAGGGUAUAAUGAAAAAGCAUUGCUUUAUUUCUUGGAAUUCCAGAGGACCUGUGUCGAUAAACUGAAUGAGUAUAUUUUAGCUAGCAUUAUUAGAGCUUGUGUUCAACGUGAUGGUGGUGAACCUGGUUCCCAAGUCCAUAGUUACGUUAUUAAAUCAGGUUUUGGUGAGGAUGUUUAUGUGGGAACCUCUUUGGUGGUCUUGUAUGCAAAACAUGGUGAGAUAGAUAAAGCAAGAUUGGUAUUUGAUGGUUUAGUAUUGAAAACUCCUGUCACUUGGACUGCUAUUAUUACGGGGUACACAAAAAGUGGAAGGAGUGAGGUUUCAUUGCAAUUGUUUAACUUAAUGAUGGAAAGUAAUGUUAUACCUGAUAAAUAUGUGCUCUCGAGCAUUCUAAAUGCAUGUUCAGUGCUUGGUUAUCUGAAAGGUGGUAAGCAAAUUCAUGCUUAUGUUCUGAGGAGUGAAACAAAGAUGGAUGUGUCAACAUAUAACGUUCUUAUAGACUUCUAUACGAAAUGUGGUAGAGUGAAAGCUGGGAAAGCACUUUUUGACAGAUUAGAUGUUAAGAAUAUUAUUUCUUGGACUACCAUGAUUGCUGGAUACAUGCAAAAUUCAUAUGAUUGGGAGGCUGUGGAACUAGUUGGUGAAAUGUUCAGAAUGGGAUGGAAGCCUGAUGAAUAUGCUUGCUCAAGCGUUCUUACUUCAUGCGGUUCAGUUGAUGCAUUACAGCAUGGAAGACAAAUACAUUCUUACGUUAUCAAGGUUUGUCUUGAACAUGAUAACUUUGUGACAAAUGCUUUAAUUGACAUGUAUUCCAAAUGUAAUGCAUUGGAUGAUGCAAAACGAGUCUUUGACGUCGUGACUUGUCACAGUGUGGUAUAUUACAAUGCAAUGAUUGAAGGAUAUUCAAGACAAGGGUACUUGUGUGGAGCAUUGGAAGUUUUCCAAGAGAUGAGGCUAAAACAUGUUUCACCAAGCUUUUUAACAUUUGUAAGCCUUCUAGGUUUGUCAGCUGCAUUAUUAUGCUUGCAACUGAGCAAGCAAAUCCAUGGUCUUAUCAUCAAAUAUGGAUUCUCUUUAGAUAAGUUCACUAGCAGUGCUCUUAUAGAUGUUUAUUCAAAAUGUUCAUGCAUUAGAGAUGCAAGAUAUGUGUUUGAAGGGACAACUAACAAAGAUAUAGUUGUUUGGAAUUCACUGUUUUCUGGAUAUAACCUACAAUUGAAAAGCGAGGAGGCUUUCAAACUAUACUCAGAUUUACAACUCUCAAGAGAAAGGCCAAAUGAGUUCACUUUUGCAGCUUUGACUACAGCAGCCAGCAUUUUGGCAAGUCUCCCACACGGUCAACAGUUCCAUAAUCAAGUUAUGAAGAUGGGACUAGAAUCAGACCCUUUCAUCACUAAUGCCCUUGUUGAUAUGUAUGCCAAGUGUGGUAGUGUGGAAGAAGCUGAAAAAAUCUUUUCAUCAUCAGUAUGGAAAGAUACUGCAUGCUGGAACUCCAUGAUUUCAAUGUAUGCACAACAUGGAAAAGUAGAAGAAGCUCUUAGAAUGUUUGAAACAAUGGUGAGCAAUAACAUAAAUCCCAAUUAUGUCACUUUUGUGAGUGUGCUAUCAGCUUGUAGUCAUGUGGGAUUUGUUGAAGAUGGACUUCAACAUUACAAUUCAAUGGCCAGAUAUGGAAUUGAACCAGGAAUAGAACACUAUGCAUCAGUUGUUACUCUUUUAGGUCGGGCUGGGCGGUUAACUGAAGCUCGAGAAUUCAUUGAGAAGAUGACAAUAAGACCAGCAGCAUUAGUAUGGAGGAGCUUGCUUAGUGCAUGUAGAGUUUUCGGCAAUGUUGAGUUAGCGAAACAUGCUGCGGAGAUGGCAAUUUCGAUUGACCCCAUGGACAGUGGAUCAUAUGUGAUGCUUUCAAAUAUUUUUGCAUCUAAAGGAAUGUGGGGAGAUGUUAAAAGGCUGAGGUUGAAAAUGGAUGUUAAUGGUGUAGUUAAAGAACCUGGACAAAGUUGGAUUGAGGUCAAUGGUGAAGUUCAUAUAUUUGUUUCGAGAGAUAAAGUACAUGAUGAGACUGAUUUAAUUUAUCUAGCUUUGGAUGAACUAACUACGCAGAUGAAAGAUGUCGGGUGUGUACAUGAUACCACAAUUCUUGAAAUGAUUGAUUGAGAUAUGAAAUUGCUGCGACACUCUGUUUUUUUUUUUUCUUUAACAUAAAAAGUAGCUUACACACAAGUGACAUAACCUGUGUCAAGAAACUCCGUAAGAUAUUAAAUCUUAGAUAGGUGACCACCAUAGAUUGAAUCUAUGGCCAUGUGAAGAAAGGUUCCUACGAUCAAUAGUUUAGGGUUUUCCUUCGGACCACUUACUCCUACUUUGUGUUCAUGUUUUACAAAGCAUUUAUUACCCUAAAGAAAAUUCUCCGAGUCUUUAUUUUCAAGAAAAUACAUAUUUUCAUUCAAAUAUUUGUUAUUGAAUUUUUACAUAAUUUCUUCUCAAAUAAUACUUUGAAUUGUGUCACCUAUUUAGUUUCAACUUCUAAUCUCAGUUUUCAACCAUUUAGAAUAUUAUUCUACCUUAAUGUUUUUUUAUGUAUAAUACAUUUUGAUCUCUCAAACUUGUGGGAGAUGAAUCAAGAUCCACCAAAUCUUUUACUAAAAUAAAAUUUUCUAUUAUAUAAAUGUCGUUGUUUGCUAACUUAGUUUCAUAUAAAAGAUUUGAGGGAUCAUAUACAAGUUUGAUUUAAGAUUCAUACAAGAUUAGUUAAAAUAUUGUAGAUCAUACCAGAAAAUUAGUUAUAAUCAAAUGUGAAAUUUUGGUAUAAAUAUCCGUUUUCAAAUUGUUUUGACUAAAUAAAUUAAUUAAGAUUUGAAAAAUAGACAAAAUGUAGGUCUAAAUUUCAAAUAUGCAUAAAAAAAUUAUAAUUGUUAAGAUGUCGGUCUAAAUUUCAAAGUUACCCUCUCUUUCGUACGCUCACCCCGUCCUUGUAAUCUCAACCGUUCCCACCACCCCCACGCCACAUCACCGCCGUCGACCGCCUCCUUCACGUCAGCACCCAAGCUGCUACCAUCGCACGCCGCGGCAGUCCGUCGGAGGAACGCAAGUCUGUUCUUUCUCUCUCGCUCCAUCGCAGCUCCUGCCGUCUUCUGUCGCCGGGCACCACCUUCGGUUGUAUAAGACCACGUAAAGCAGCAACAGCAGCAGCUCAAAAACGCUGAAUUUUUCUCAGUUGGGCAUUUUCCUACGUUACUCACGACUCGUUGGACCUUGAAUUGUCUCACCCAUUUGGUUCUGGCUUCCAAUCUCAGUUUUUCAACAGUUUGGAACACUAUACAGCAAGGUGGUUUAAUUUUAAGGAGAGGCGGCCAUGAAUCAGAAAUUUCUUUGGUAUAUUCUAUAAGGUUUAUCAAAUGGCCUCUAUUUGGUAUCAAACGUUGAAACGGAUCUGAGAUUGUGAUUUAGGAUUGGAAUGCGACAUUUGUAAGUCGAAGGGGAAUUUAUUUUGUUGCUGGAAGUUUGUUGAGAGAUUUGAGUGAUUUAAAGUCAUUUGGAAAGCUUUUAAAGAAAAUGAUCAAAUUAGAGCUAAUCAAACUAAAUUGACCAACCAAGUCAUGAAAUAUGAAGUUCAAGCCAAUAGAUUCGAGGAGGAAGCAUCUCAACAUCAUGAAUGGAGAUGAACAAAAAUGAAAAAGGAGAUGAGACGAUAACAACAACGACGAAGGGUGGAAGAAGAGAGAAGAAUGGAGAAGGAAGUGGUCUUCAUCUCAAACUCUCUAGCAUUGAGAGAGGGUCUCAUACAUUGAGGGAGAUCUAAGCGUUCAUUCACCAAGUUAGGUUGUUUGUGUGUCAUUGUAGAAAUCUCAUAUUUAUAGAUAAUUACACUAUUGUAGUUCAUUAGCUUUUCUAUCUUUCCUCGGGCAUAUUGCCUUCUAGUGUAUGUGAUGUUGCAUCAAACUAAGUUAUCAAACUUUGUGUUAUUCUUGCUCUUCUCUAUCUGUGUUUUACUUUAUGUUUCAACAACUGUUGUAACACUAUGUGUAUUGGAUAACUCUUUUGAUUUUGGUAGCUAAAUAAAUUUUAAUUGUUAUUUUGGCUU